AUGGCGCUGGCAAUGCUGCAGGACUGGUGCGGCUGGAUGGGCGCGAAUGCGCAGCGCGCCCUGCUCAUCCUGGGCAUCCCUGACGACUGCCAGGAAGAUGAAUUCCGGGCGGCCCUGCAUGCUGCGCUGUGGCCGCUGGGCAGGCACCGACAGCCAGGCUGUGGGGAAGAGUCCUUUGAGAGCUGGCUGGACCACGCCAAGGACAUGCUAUACCUGUGGCGCCACACGUCAGAACGUGAGAGGCGGCGGCGGCUGGUGGAGAGCUUGGGCGGCCCGGCCCUGGACCUCAUGUGCGGCCUCCUGGCAGAACAUCCGGACACCCCUGCGCAGGACUGCCUGGACGCGCUGGAGCAGGUGUUCGGGAACAAUGACACCCGGGUGACAGCGAGGCUGAAGUUGCUGACGUGCUCGCAGCAGCCCCGGGAGAGUCUGUUCGCUUAUGUGAUGCGCCUGGAAGGCCUGCUGCACGUGGCCAUGGAGCAGGGAGCCGUCCACCCAGCCAUGGCAGACCAGAUGCGUGCUGGGCAGGUGCUGCUGCAGGCCAGGCCCAACGCCACACUGCAGGACAAGCUGCGGAGGAUGUGGCUGGAGAGGCAGCUGCCUGGCUUCCUGGGCCUGCUCCGGUUGGUGCGGGAAACGGAGGCCUGGGAGGCCGCUCUGCCUCUGAGGGAGCUGUGCAGAGGACAGGAAGGGCCCCUUGGAGACGGUGGAGACCUGGCUCUUGCCCAGGUUGUCCCUGUCCUGGGAGGCACUGCGGAGGUCCCCCCAGCCCCUGGAGGUGCCAGCCAGGCUGUUCCUGACGCCCCUGCUGAGCUUGUCCCCAUCAGCAGUGUUGCAGCUGGGGCCUCCCCUUCCCCUGCAGGGGCCAUGGCGGCCUCCUCUGUCCCCCAGGAAGAGGAAAGUGUCUCUGAACCUGUGGGGCUAGGUCAGGCAGUGCCUACUGAGGCCCCUGGGGGCCCCUCCCUAGCCCAGAUGGGCAGUGCACCUGGGGCGAGCCCAGGAGGUCCUGGCUGGGUGCCUGACAGCCGUGCCCAGGCAGCAGAACAGGAGGCCCCAGAGCCCCUGCUGGAGGGGCUGAAACCCAUCCCAGAGGAGUAG